AUGACAAGUGAACUACAUAAUACAGCUGGUUCUACAGCCGAUAAAUUAUACAAAGUUGUGUUCGACUAUGAAACCGAUAAAGACGACGAGCUAUGCUUAAAGGCUGGUGAGAUAGUUCGUAUAUUGAACGGAGAAAGUAGUCCCGAUUGGUGGCUAGCGGAAAGAGCUGACAAUAGUAAAGAAGCAGGAUUGAUACCUAGUAAUUUUAUCGAAAAGAUACCUUUUCAAAGUAUCGCUUCUGGUACAAAAGCAGCUGAUGGUCAGAAUGAAGAUAAACCAGCGCGAUUAGCUAUCGUUAUCGAAGAUUAUAUAGCUACUAGCUCAGAAAAACUGAAUUUGGAAAAGAACAAAGUGAUCACAGUCCUUGAUCAAAAUGUAGCUGAAGGGUGGUGGAAAGGUGAUUUGAACGGCAAAAUAGGUCUUUUCCCGGCUGAUCAUGUUGAGCUUGUAGGAAACGAGCAAGAUAUUCACGAGACUCCGACUACAACAAUUGCAACUGAGCAAGAGAAAAAACCAAAAAAAGAAAAUACAUUCAAAUUGGCGUCGUACGGUGUCAAGCAAGGUGGUAUCGGCAGUAUUUUAGCCGGAGGAUUUGGUGGUCUGAAGCGGCAAUCUCAUAAUAAAACAAACUCUCAUGAAAAUGGUUCAAUUGAUGCCAUUAUCAACAACAAUGAUGAUAUAGAUAUGGUAUCAUCUCUUCAUCAGAGACCACGUUCUUCUUUGUCAAAGGAUAAUUCUAAUCAAUCUAAUGGAGGCAAUCGAAACACAGCAGGAGAUGAUAACGCAACAGCCAUACAUACAACUACAAAAGCCAUUGUUCUGCAUUCCUAUCAUCCUGAAAGUGAUGAUGAGAUACAGCUUAUAAGAGGAGAAUAUAUAACGAUCGUUGACUCACAGAAUCAGAGUAAAGGCUGGUGGAAAGGUACCAAUGAAAAAGGAGCCACAGGCAUUUUCCCAGCCAAUUUUGUCGAGUUGAUUAAAGACGAAACACCGCCUUCCAGACCCGCUCGUCUUAGGCCACCCACUGUCAAGACAGAACAGCAACAGAGUGCAACAUCUACAACAGCCACUGGAAGUAUGGCUCAACCUCCGCCCGUGCCUAUAAAGACACGUCCUACAUCUUUAUUAACGAACCGGGAAAGUAUCAAUCAAAAACGCUCCACUCAGAAAUCAAAUACUUCUGCCUUACCAUCUCCAGCUCCAGCUCCACGUCCAUUGACCACACCACCUAUUCCCUCAACAACAUUGCCAGCAUCUCUCCGUCCUUUAACUGUAUCUGAAGGUGCUACAUCCACUUUUAAUACAGGCGCAGAUAACCCGCCAAUACCUGCACGCCGCACUCGUUCUGUAUUCUCUCCCCGACCCAUUGAGACUACAAACUCAUCUACCUCGCAAUCGAUGAUAGGUCAACAGCGCAUCCCAUCAAUUCCAUUAAGAUCUCCAGAUUUGCCACCUAUUUCACCUGGUGGAAUUCUCUCACCACGCCAUGGACCUAUCCCUCGAAGAGAAUCCACUAACGAAGAUCAAGGCUUAACUGAAACUCCCUUAAUUCAAUCUAAAUUGAAGUCAGUUUCUGGCUCAUCUGCGGAACCUGUCUCACCCACAACCAUUAAUACAUCCAUGCUGGCCAAACCACCAAAGCUUACUCCUGGUAGCAGCUUCUUGUCAUCUAGUACAGAUAAGCAUACCGCCGGCAUUAUCAACAAUAACUCAGAACAAGAUCAAUCUACGUCUGGGAACUGUCCGCCUGUGCCAAAACGAUCCGUACCACCUGUUCCUGCUGCACCUGGCAUUACUACAUCUGGUAACAGUUAUACUACGGAUAACGACAAUAUAGCUGCAUUGCAGCCAGAACGAUCCACUGCUUUCCCUUUUCCAGCAAAUCAACAACAGCGACAACUGGAAACACCCAAUCUUGCUCCAUUUAAUACGACAAACGCAUUGAACGAAGGAAAGUCAGACGACAAUACAUAUGAUGAAAUGGAGAAGAAAAUACGCGACAUUGUACGCUUAGAAACUGAUAAGUUACGUAAAGAAUUUGAACAAAAAUUGCAGGAAGAGGUACAAAAACUUCGCCUGGAGCUUGAGGCUGCUAGAAAAUUUUAA